UUUAAGGGUUUACAGCAUUUUUUUUCGCUGCGCGGACUUCACCCUCGCGAAAAGGGUAAACGCCGUGAAUGGGCGCCUCCCCCAUACGUAUAAUCAUUUUUAUAUACAACAAAUCGGCCAAAAAAAUACGUAAAUGUAUGAAGAGCUGCAUAUAUUAUAUACAUGCGUACUGAUUGUAUAUACAUUUUUUUUUAUGCUUGCCUGCGCGACGAGUAGCUUUUCUUUGGGCUUUCACUGCCGAAUUGCAAUUUUUUUUCAUCCCAAUUUGUACGUUUCAUAUUUUAUAAAAUCCACAAUUUUUUUUUUUUUUACCUUUUCAUUUUUUACAAAUUCAACCAGAAACAGAUGCAAUUGCAAAAUAUAACUCCACUCUGUUUUAAUUCCUUUGGAGCGAACAUUUGAUAAUUCUUUGAACAGAAAAUUUACCCAAGCGAUUGCUUUAUUUAAAAAAAAAUAAUAAAAAAAAAAAGAAGCUUCGUACAAUUACGCAUUUGAAACCUCCCAUCUGCAUAACUCUUUAAGUGUUUCCUUCCUUUUAACGCGCAUUUACACAAUGAGCAAGCUAAACCAAGAUCUCCUAAAGAAAGCCAUCGCCGACGUGUUCGAAGGCACAAAAACGAAGAAGAGAAAAUUCGUUGAGACGAUUGAGCUGCAAAUCGGCCUGAAGGAUUACGACACGCAGAGAGACAAGCGUUUUUCAGGAACAGUCAAAUUGUCAAAUGAAGUGAGAAAGAAACUGAAGGUAUGCAUAUUAGGAGAUGCUGUACACGUGGAGGAAGCACAAAAAUUAGAAUUAGAUUAUAUGGACAUAGAAGCCAUGAAAAAAUUAAAUAAAGAUAAAACGUUGGUUAAAAAGUUGGCCAAAAAAUACGAUGCAUUUUUAGCAAGUCAGGUCAUCUUGCCACAAAUUCCAAAACUUCUUGGUCCAGGUUUAAACAAGGCAGGAAAGUUUCCUUCCCUAAUUACACACAAUGAUAAAAUAAAUGAUAAAAUUUUAGAGUUAAAAUCUUCCAUAAAAUUUCAAUUGAAAAAAGUUUUAUGCAUGGGUGUUCCUGUUGGUCAUGCCAACUUGAAAGAGGAGGAACUGAGAUCCAACAUUGUGCAUGCCAUUAACUUUUUGGUUUCUCUUUUGAAAAAGAAUUGGCAGAACAUUAGGACGCUGCACAUUAAGAGCACCAUGGGAAAGCCCCAGCGAAUUUACGGUUAA